AUGCAAGGAUCCAGUGUCGGCCAGGGGCAAGGCCCCGCCGCCCCGGCUCCCUGGAGAAGGAUGAACCAAGAGCUGGGCCUUUCGUUCCGGCGUAUUCGCGGUGUUGUCCAUCGUAUUGCGUGCGGCUUCCACUCGGGCGCCGGGCGAGCGACGAAUUGUGGGCAGAUGCAACCCUCCAAUCCCGGGCCCAGAAGGGGAAGCAAUAGCAGCAAGGGCGGAGGAGAGAUUGCGGUUUUGGGCAAAGCGCCGGGUGGCGUGUUGGCGGGCAGUUGGCCGGCGCCGUCGGGCCCAACAUGCCGACGAUGCCAUGCGGACAACGGCGAGAGGGUGGCUAGCGUAAGCCACUGAGCUGCACAACGGCGCCCAUUUAGGGCUGGGUAGCGUUGGCUGGAAGAAAAGAAGCGAUAGGGAGACGGCGACAAACUGAACGAAGGACUCCAGCUCCUUCCAGCGAAGCGACCAAGAUACAACGGCUUCAACCAACCCUCGCAAAGCCAAUCUGCAAGCGACCCUGUCGAUAGACGCAUUCGCCAAUCUUUUCUCGCUCAGUCCCCUCUUCUACGGUCAGGUUGCCAGCAUCUUCCCUGACUCGCUGGCUCGAGCUUUAACCUUGUCGGUGAGCGAACCUGUCACCCUGUUUCCCACGCAAGCAUUCCUCCACGAGAUCAAGGGCGGCAAUUUGUGCUACCUAUUGUCAAGUGCAUGAUCACGAUGAACGAGUACAAGACUAUAAAGGGUUGGAGCACCCUUCUUUCCAAUACAAAACCCAUGCUUCCAUGUCUUAGACGAAGCAAAAUACAGCUAAUUAGGAUAAAUUGCUUCAACACGCGAUUGUAAAUAUUGAACACGAAUGGAGCCUUUGUUGGCUAUCAUAACUAUCGUCUCUGCCGUACUCCCGCCCAUGGUGAUGCUGCCCGAGAU